AUGCGCGACUCCAAAUCCCGCAAGCGCCCGCCGUCUUCGCUGGCACGCAGAGAGGCGACGCAGAGGGACCGAGGCCGCGACAAGUCUGUGAGAGGCUCCGCUCCCCGUGGACGCGGCGGUCGGUCUCUGGACUCGACAAGGCACCGCUUCUCCGGUUCUUCCCAGACUCGCGCCCGAGGCGGCAUGCGGGGACGGACUGCGCAUGCAGUUCGGCACAGUAGCAGAGGCGGAACCCCUCAGAGACCUGUGUCUGCGUCUUCAGCUCCCAGCAAAGACGGCCAAGGCUCUGGCCUCGCGCGAGGAGGCCGAGGCGCGCGAGGUGGAAGGCACUUUGGAAGAGGCAGAGGCCGUGGCGGGCUUCGUCGACAAGCGUCGGGAGAAGACGCCUCUGCGAGCAGACAGGAGCGAGAGGGACAAGUUGAAGGAGUCCUCGCUGCAGAAACGGGAGCGGCUGGGGAUGCUGAGGAUGGCGAGUACGAGAAAGGGAGCAUUUUGGCGCUUCUUGGGGGCCAGGGAAGCGAGCAGAAGCUGAGAGAAGAGACUCCUCCGAGCCGCAAGAAGGCCUGCGGAGCGACGGGUGAAGAACGUGGAGAGGCUGACGGACUUGGCAAGCUUUUUAAUGGAGGCGACGAUGCAGAAAAGACGAAACACUCGAAGAAGAGAAAACGAGACCCGCGUUGUCUAGUCUCCGUAGAGGACGUUGCCGAGAGCGGGGAGGAGGGAAGGAGCAAGAAGAAAGAGCAGGGGACAGAAGGUUCUUCUCUCAGCUGCAUUUUCUCUUCCCGAGGCAACGUCAAAGCGACGGACUCCGGCGCUGGUCUCAGUCGCUUGUCGGCUCUUUUCUCUGCGUCUGCUCUUGCGGAUGCAGACGAGGGCAUCGAGAACAAAGAUGGUUCUGCGAAGCGUGUCUCCGCGGCGUCGUUUCCUCCUGGCUCGUCCUCUCUCAGUUGUGAAGUCGCAGACUCCGCCGCGUCGAAAACCAAGAAAAAGCGAGGCACCACGCUGCAGAGUGCAAUCAAGAAGGCCAGAGCGGUCGCGGCGCUCCACAGAGAGGCGAUGGCGAAGAAGGCUGAGGCGAGGCCCCAGGAAACGCGCAAGACGAAGAAGAAGGACCAGGGGACUCGGGAAGAGCGAGAAGAAGCCUCGGCGUCGGAACGGGAAGAAGACGGAGAGGAAAGAGAAGAAACGUCGGAGGGCGAGGCACAGGCUGCCGAGGCUGAAGCUGGGUGGAGAGAGACCGAAAAAGAAAAAGACUGUCGCACGGUUUUUGUCGGAAAUCUGCCGCUCUCGGGGUGGAAGCCGCCUGCGCUGUACAGACACCUGGGAAUCGGGAGAAAGGACGUGGAAUCGAUUCGUCUUCGGUCCAUUCCUGUCCACCCCAAGUUCAACAAGUGCCGCCUCGGAGGCCUUGUCAAAGGCCAGUUCACAGAUCUAAAAGAUUUCCAGAACGCGUACAUCGUGCUGAAAGACAGGAGACUCUUUCGCUCGAUUCUGCAGCACGACGGAACGAGCUUCCAAGGUCGGCGUCUGCGCGUCGACGAAGCGGGAGAACGCGGACGCAAUGUUUUCAGCCGUUUCGACCGAAAGAAAACAGUUUUCGUCGGAAAUCUGCCUUCUCGCUGUUCCGAGGAAGACCUGCGGCGAGCUCUCGAAAGCAAUGGAACGGUCAAGGCUGUGAGAAUUAUUCGAGAUAAAGUGACCACCGAGUCGAAGGGAUUCGGAUUCGUCUGCUUUGAAGACCGCGUCUCCGCUGCUCGCGCUGUCCUCGCCAGCAACGGCGUUGUCUCUCUCCAGGGCAAGACGCUUCGAGUGACGCGUGCGUUGGACGAGGCGACUUCAAAAAUGGAGGACGCCAACCGCCGCCACGAAAAAGAGAAAAAACGCGCUCGGCGAGGAGGCGUCGGUCGCGGUCUCUCUCCCGCAGUGCGGAGAAUGAUCCAAAAGAAACAACGGAAGAUUGCCAAGCGCUAUGAGAAUCGCGGAUACACGAAGAGAAGCUGA